GCCCCGGGGGUCUGGCAGUUGCACUCGUUACACACACCACCGUGUAACAGGGGCCACACUGAAUCUCACUCCACAGGUUGUAACCCGGCUAUAGGGCAGCACAGGGGGAUGUCACACACCUUGUCACCUAUUCUCUCCCCAAACCUGUCAGUCUGGAAAUGUGAUGCCAGAAGGAUUUCAGCACAAACUACUGAUUCCUCAGUGUCAGGAGUAUGAGGUGCAACUGCCAUUGCGCAGUACAUACCGCCUGAUCCAUUGCAUGUGCCACACAGCGUGCCAUCUGUUUGCUGAGGAUCAUGGGAAAUGCAGUUUAACAGCAGGUAGAUCAGGUAUUGCCCACUAGGUGUCACUCCAGCGGCCUGAAGCUUCUCUCCUGCCAUUGACAUUGCUCCACAUAAACCUAAGAACAUGCGUUAUGAUGCAGGAUAGGUGCCAACAAGUGGCGCAGUUCUGUCUGGUGGUUCUGGACAGUUUGGACCCGGUGGACACUGUAGGGUAUCAUGGGAAUGAUUGAGCCAAACAGAUCUGUACUGCUGAAUGGGAGUAUGAAUGGCAGUGAGAAUAUCAAGGACCUGUUCCACGAGGAUGCACAGGUAUCGCAGUUGCAAUCGCGGCCCUGGUGGAAGAUCCAACUGUUUGUGUGGGAGCCGGUGCUGUUUGGGACAUGGGAUGGAGUAUUUACCUCCUGUAUGAUCAAUAUCUUUGGAGUGGUGCUGUUCCUCAGGACUGGAUGGCUUGUGGGGAACACAGGGGUCCUGCUGGGAAUAGUACUGGUCUCCUUUGUUAUCCUCGUGGCACUGGUGACGGUGCUGUCAGGCAUCGGGGUGUGUGAAAGAUGUAGUAUAGGCAGCGGCGGAGUCUACUCCAUGGUUUCCACUGUCCUGGGGGGCAAAGUUGGGGGAACCAUUGGGGUGCUGUACAUCUUUGGGCAGUGUGUUGCAGGUGCCAUGUACAUCACGGGCUUUGCAGAAUCCAUUUCUGACCUUCUGAACUUAGAGAAUAUGUGGGUAGUGAGGGGCAUCAGCCUGGCUGUGCUUGUGGGGCUACUUGGAAUUAAUCUGGCCGGAGUCAAGUGGAUCAUCCGCCUCCAGCUCCUGCUGCUCCUGCUAUUGGCUGUCUCCACUCUGGAUUUUGUCAUUGGCUCCUUUACACACCUGGAUCCAGAGAAUGGGUUUGUGGGAUAUUCGGAGGAGCUGCUGCGCAAUAACACAUUCCCUGAUUACACGCCGGGUGAAAGUUUCUUCACUGUGUUUGGGGUCUUCUUCCCGGCAGCAACAGGAGUCAUGGUGGGGUUUAACAUGAGCGGUGAUUUGCAAAGACCGUCAAUCAACAUCCCUUUGGGGUCCCUGGCUGCCAUUGGCACUUCGUGGUUCCUCUAUGUUGUGUUCGUCUUCCUUCUCGGAGCCAUUUGCACGAGAGAAUUCCUGCGCUAUGAAUUUAUGAUUGCAGAGAAGGUUUCUCUGGUUGGUGGCCUCUUCCUUCUGGGUCUCUACAUCUCCUCAUUGGCUUCCUGUAUGGGGGGGCUGUAUGGGGCCCCCAGGAUCCUACAGUGCAUUGCACAGGAAAAGGUUAUCCCUGCCCUGUCCUUCCUGGGACGUGGGAAAGGCCCAAACAAAACUCCAGUGGCCGCUAUCUUCAUAACUGGACUCCUUACUAUGGCCUUUGUCUUUAUCGGCCAAGUGAACGUGUUGGCACCAAUAGUUACAAUUAACUUUAUGCUGACCUACAGCGCUGUGGACUACUCUUAUUUUUCUGUGACUAUGAGCUACAAAAUGCAGCAUAGUCCAAAAAAGAACGGGAGACCCAACUCCCGGGUGAUGAGUUCCACUCAGCCCCUGAUACUAAACAAAUCCACAAGCUACGGUUCCAAUGGCACUUUAUUAGAAUUCACUAAGGACAUGAACCAGCUCUUCAAACCCAACCAUACGGAGGCUCCUGAGAGCACAAGUAGCCAAGAAAAAGAUCCGAAGAUGUUUAAGUUCAGCAAGCCAAGAAAGCCAGCCAAGCAGACCCUGCAGGACAGCUUCCAACUGGAUCUCCACCAGGGUCCUGAGCAUGGCCUAGAGAGCAGGUUGCUGGUUACAGACCUGGCAGAAAAUGAAAGCCAGAAUUCCAAAGCAGAGAUUACAGAAGACAAGAACCAAGGCGUGGACCCCACUGAGAGUGAUGAGCCUGACAGCGAAGAAGAUGUGGACAUUCAGCAGCCAACAGAGGAGCAGAAAGGAGAUUCCACAGUGGCACAAAAGGUCCCAGAAUUUGAGAUUCAGGAAUUAUCAACAUCAUUUUAUGCCAAGUUCUGCAAUCACUGGGUGGCCUUUCUGGGGGCAAUCCUUUCAAUUGUAAUCAUGUUUGUGAUCCAGUGGAUUUAUGCCCUCGUUAACCUUGGUGUAGCAAUCAUUUUGUACCUCUACAUUGGCAGAGUGAACCCCGGCCUUAAUCCAGGGGCUGCCGCAAAUUUCAGCUUCUUUGCCUGGAUCCGCCAAGGGGCACGGACACUAUGCAGGAAGCCCCACCCCAAAGAGCAGUUUGUGGUGACUCCUUCCCUCCUAUCUGUUGGCAUGGAGACCACGCAACUGACAGAAGAAAACGAAGAUUUUGCAUCUCGUGGACGGUACCACCACUCGUCCAUCAUCACCCAGGGACAGUUUAUUGAUCGGUACAACUAGGAGUCCAGAGAUAUCCCAGCAUUUCAUUCUUACCUCUCCACUGCCAAAACUCUGUGACCCAAAGGAAGAUAUUUCUGCGUUUUGUGAGACAUUAUAUCAACACCCCCUGCAGAACAGGCUGCACCAUACAGUGAUACUAAGCCCCUCGUUGUGGAGGGCUGUUAAUAAAAUUGUUUUUUAUGCAGGGUAUUCAAUGUUUCAGAAAUGUGAAGCAAUAACUGAGCCAAACCCCCAAAAAAUCUUCCUUUCCCCCCAUACCAGUGCAAUAUAUAGCUAGACUUGUAGCAAGUGCCUUAAAAGCUCUGUAUUGGAAAUAGGUACCUCGGGGGUGGAGUCACUUUACACAACUAAAGCCGAAAUCUCAGGGCUGUUAUGAUACCCACUUGCAUGACUCCAUGGAGAGCAACUAUGUGGUGGUACAACUACAUCACAGCUGGCAUCUACCGUCUGUAGGAGGGACUAUGGUCGGUGGGUGCUGAUAUCUUGGAGAUGGAAACAUGAUUCUCCACUGACUAUCUGAUCUUUUUGUGGACUUCAAAUGGUUUGAAGGAUGUCAACCCCAGUGGAAACAGGCUUUUCUCACAGUACCUAGUGAUAUGGACUAAUGAGACAGACACUCUUCCUGGUCCAGCUCGUUACACCUUGCUCUUCUGAAAAAUACACCUACCCCCACAGGGCACAAACUUAUUACUCAUGGAGCUUUACUCUAAUCUGAGAGACAAAUGUGACAUCCCUGUGCAGGCCUGGACUGGCAAUCUGUGGGUUCUGGCAAAUGCCAUAGGGGCUGCUAUAAGGUGCCAUAUACAGUCACUAUUUAGUGGGCUGGUGGGGGCUGUUUGGGCCUCUCUGUGAUCUGAUUGGGCCUCUGUGUACUUGAAAUUCCAGGGCCUAUUUUAAUUCUCAGUCCGGACCUGUCCCUGUGCAAUAAGUGAAUGUAGUGGAGCACGGCUAGAAGGAAGGACACCUCCUGGGCAUUGUACAAAUUGGGCUCUAUGUACCUGAUCUGUGUGUGUGUGCAAGGCCCUUGUGCAAGUGAUACUGGUGAUGCUGACAUUCACCCACAAGGGUGCGUUUAAAUACAAACCGUGCUAUCUUGG